CCAUUAAUGCAAUUCUUCCUUUACCCGUUUCCUCUCUCUGCUAUGCAACGUCACUAAUUCACUAUUGUUUAGCUGCUACCAGUUGCAGAAUUGAAACUAAAUUCAAAAUCCCAAAUCUUUUGCAAAACUAGUCAACCAACAACAAAGACACCCUUCAAUACAAUCCGAGAAGCCCUAAAACGAUAACCGAUAUCUUAGUUCUUCUCUCUCAACUCUCGGGUCUCUGUAGUUUGGUUCUGUCUUGGUUUUGCAGAGGAAAAGGAAGAUAGUUGCAGAGAAUUCCUCCUUUUGGGGAUUUGAUUUCAUGGGGAUUUGUUUGAGCGCCAGAAUCAAAGCCGAAAGCCCAUGUAAUACAGGGGUGAGUUCAAAGAAUGUAAGCUCUGAUGUGAGUGGUGCUACAAAUAGUAAAGGCUCAUCAGUUUCAGUACCUCCAACUCCUCGAAGUGAGGGUGAGAUUUUACAGUCCCCCAAUUUGAAGAGUUUUAGUUUUGCCGAGCUCAAAAUGGCUACCAGGAAUUUCCGUCCAGAUAGUAUGCUAGGAGAAGGUGGCUUUGGUUCAGUCUUUAAAGGUUGGAUUGAUGAGCAUUCAUUUACUGCUUCCAAGCCUGGUACUGGCAAGGUAAUUGCUGUGAAAAGGCUGAACCCAGAAAGCUGUCAAGGUCAUCAGGAGUGGUUGACAGAAGUGAACUAUCUUGGGCAGCUUCAUCAUUCUCAUCUUGUGAAAUUGAUUGGGUUUUGCUUGGAGGAUGAACACCACCUUUUGGUGUAUGAAUUCAUGCCUCGAGGAAGCUUGGAAAAUCAUUUAUUCAGGAGAGGUUCUUACUUCCAACCUCUUUCUUGGAGCCUACGCUUGAAGGUUGCUCUGGGUGCUGCAAAGGGGCUUGCCUUUCUGCACGGUUCUGAAACAAAAGUGAUAUAUCGGGACUUCAAGACUUCCAAUAUCCUGCUUGAUUCAGACUACAAUGCAAAACUUUCUGAUUUUGGGUUGGCUAAGGAUGGGCCAAUAGGUGACAAAAGUCAUGUUUCUACCCGCGUUUUGGGGACCUAUGGAUAUGCUGCUCCAGAGUAUCUAGCCACAGGUCAUCUGACAGCAAGAAGUGAUGUUUAUAGUUUUGGAGUUGUGCUGCUAGAAAUGUUAUCUGGCCGCAGAGCGGUUGACAAGAAUCGGCCAUCUGGAGAACACAAUCUGGUGGAAUGGGCUAGGCCUUAUCUUGCCAACAAGCGUAAAAUAUUCCGAGUUAUAGAUAAUCGCCUAGAAGGCCAGUAUACAAUGGAGGUAGCCUUUAAGACAUCUACUAUUGCAUUGCGAUGCCUGUCCACAGAAGCAAAGUUCAGGCCAAAUAUGGAUGAGGUUGUGACAGUAUUGGAGCAACUACAAGAUUCCAAUGCUCCGGGGGGCACUCGGAACAAUGCAAGUGACAGACAUAGGAUUCGUAGACACAGUGCAGAUGAUGCUAGCACUAGAACGAGCACUGCCUCAUAUCCUCGGCCCUCUACUUCUGCUCUCUAUGCUUGAGAAUUGAAUCGAAAGUCUUGACAAAAGCUGCAUUUCUUCCUUAAAAGUAUGUUGAUAUGGUUUUGCAACAAGGGCACUCAAUUUUCCAAGCCCGGUUUCUGUACAGUGCUUUAAUUCAGAUUAUGUAUUCAAAACCAAAUCUUUCUCUUGACACAAUUGUAAGGUCAGCCUGUAACACGAGGAAUGCAUGACAUGCUGAACACUUUGAACCAACUUGGAAAAUUAUUAAUGCAAGUGCUUCUGUAUUAAAUAGUUAGACCUUCCCUAUUGCUUUCAU